AUGAUUCUGGCAGCUUCCAUACCAAAAAGCAAGGGUGGUACGUUUCUUCAAAUGAAAUUGGUUUACAAUCAAUUGGCACCAAUUUUCCUGUUUUUGCUUCAAUGGAUUGAUUGCUCGUCUUCAUGUUUACUUGUAAGUUACUUGAAUCUUUUCGACAUAGUUGUAUAUAAGGUACGCUCAGAUGGGAGGGCAAAUAUCUCGUCUUAUGGAAGAAAAGCUACUACCAGUCAAUUCUCAACUUUCACUUCAGAAGUUAUAUUACCGUCCCUUCAGCGUCUCCAUGGUGAUUCCUUGGAUGUGGAUAUCACCCAAGAGGAAGAUCUAGAGAUGGUUGUAAAAAAGAGAUAUGAGGAUAAGAUAAAGCUUUCUGAUGUUGACUUGGACAGAGAAAAGGAAUGUGGUAUCUGCUUAGAGCCUUGCACCAAAAUGGUUUUGCCAAAUUGCUGCCAUGCCAUGUUUUAUUUUGCCCAUUUUGUAAACUGUUUAGGAUGUGAUUUUAGAUAAAAUAUCCCAAUAUUCAAAUCACUCUUACUCUUGUUAACUGUCGAAAUUGCAAUUUAUAGUAGCAGCUACAUAUUCUUUGGACA